AUGGAUGAGUACACAACACCGGGGAUGGAGCCGCCAGCUGGUCAAACCUCGCAUUUUUACACUCCUUAUAAUUCACUGCAAAUAGGGACGGUUGUGGCAUUUGGCGUUACCUAUUUUCUAGCGACGGUUUUUGUUGCUCUUCGUUAUUUCCAGGCGUUUAAAUUGGUGAAGAAGGUUGAAAUAGACCUAGUCAUUAUAACCAUCUCUUUUGGUGUUUCUGCGACCUAUUUUGCGACUUUGGUCCGACUCAUGAGAUAUGGCUGGGGCAAACACAUGUGGGAUGUAUCCAUUGCACAGCUCGUCAAGUUCGAUAAAGCACUACUACCAAACACCGUGACAUACUUAAUAUGUCCAGCGAUAACCAAAAUGGCUAUUCUAUCCAUCCUCUUCCGUAUUAAUCCCUCAACCAUCUAUCGCUACUGUGUUGCAGGUGUCGCAGUUUCAAUCUUCGCCUAUACUUUGACCUUAUGUGUUAUCACCGGUGCACCUUGCAAUCCCCUCAAAACUGGAACAACAAAAUGCUUAGAGAACGUCGCCUUAGCACAAGCAGUCUUGAAUAUCGCGUCCGAUCUGGCAGUCGUGGCUCUUCCCAUGCCGACAAUUCACAACCUUCAAUUCUCAACGAAACAGAAACUCACUGUUAGCUGUCUGUUAGCUUUGGGCUCAGGUGUCGUCAUCUGCUCAAUCGCCCGCCUCCCUUACGUCCUCAAACUCGACGCCACAUCCGACACAACCUACACCGAAGCCAUCCUGGGCAUCUGGUCGCUCGUCGAAAUAAAUCUCGGCAUAAUAUGCGCCUGCGCAAUGCGCUUCAAAAAGCUCAUCACAACCUACCUUCCCCGAUUAUCACUAUUCUCGUCUCGCUCUCGUUCACGCAGUAUUGGGAAAGCGUAUGUGACUGAUCCACAUAUGUUCAGGCCUAAGGAUAGCAAGGGACAGCAUUCAUAUCAGCUGCACAGUUUCCAGGAUAACAGUGUAGAGCCUUUUUCGCCGGCCUUCCCGCCGAAGUCUAAGGAUAUUUCUGUUUAUCGGACUUUUGAUGUUGAUGUUGAGAGGACGGAUGGGGAUAGGGAUACCAGGGAUAAUGGGAGUACGGAUAAAAUAUUGACUUGA